CGGAACCAUGACAGAAGAUGACGGAUACAGUUGUCGCAGAGGGACAAAUCAAGUUUAGAGAUGGGAAAAAGUGGAAGACUCGGUGGGUCGUGCUUCGUAAGCCCUCUCCGGUCGCAGACUGUCUGUCUCUGCUAGUGUAUAAGGAGAAGAAGAAGGGGAAGGAGAAGGGCAGGGGCCACAAGGAGAGGCUCAAUGUAACACUGGAGGGGAUCUGUGGUGUAGAGCCAGGGCCCGGGUAUGACGGGGUAUCCUACACUCUCUCCAUCCUCUGCCUGGCUCACACGCUGGUCCUGGGCUUCAACAGCCGAGACGCUCUGCUGGCCUGGGAUGCCCGCGUACGCUACAGCCUGGGAGAAGUCCACAGGUUCAGUGUCAAUGUCGAACCGGGUACUAAGCUGGAAAGUGGCCCCGCCUACCUCCAUCUGUGCAACAACCUAUUGGUCCUCACCAGAGGUCUCCCUCCUGUCGUCAUUGGCCACUGGAAGUUGUCAGCGUUGCGUCGAUAUGGUGCUGUGCCACAUGGCUUUGUGUUCGAGGGGGGGACUCGCUGUGGAUACUGGGCUGGUGUUUUCUUCCUGUCCUGUUCAGAGGGAGAGCAGAUCAGUUUCCUGUUUGACUGCAUUGUCAGGGGCAUCAACCCUAGCAGGGCCCCACAUGGCCUGCAACCUUCCCUGCCAGCAGAUCCCAACGCUGACCCAGCUUCAGCAGAGGAGCGAAUCAGUCAGGAGGCAUCAGAGCUGGAGAAAAGACUCAGCAUGUUGUCUCACUGCAGCUUAGCGAGCAGCACAGCCUCCACUUACAACUGCAGCACAUCUGUUGCCGUGGACGACCACAGCAGCAUCUCCAGCUCCUCCUCCAGCCAAUCAGACACAAGCUAUGGAAGCAGACUUCCAUUCUGGGUGGAGCCGUUAGCUAGACCGCAUCUCUCCAACGAGACAACGUCAAGCACCUCCACGCUGAAGGCUUUGACCAGUUCAGAUGAUCGACUUUACGCUGCUGUGAUGGGAGGCUCCGGGACUCGUCCGUCCUCGACCCACCUCCAUCCUCGUGGUCUCCAUGACAGUGGGCGCCAGAGCUCCUUAGACAGUGGCAUUGGGAUAGCGACGGGCAGUCAGUCGUCUUACUCAGGGAGCUGCUCCUCAUGUACGGGGAGUCUGGACACAGCCAGCCAGGGAGGAGGGGAGGAGUUUGGCUCUGUGGCUAGCCUACCUGCUCCUCCUCCUUCUUCACCUCCUUCUGCUCCUCCCCCCUCUUCUCCCCUUCCUCUUCCUCCUCCUCCUCCUCCUCUUUCUUUUCAGUCCACACUCACCUCAGAGUACAGUUCUGCUACCUCCUCCUGCUCUACGAGAUGUAGCUCAUGUGCAUCUCGUAGGCACAGUGAGGAGUACCAGAUCCCCAGCCUGCUCAGACUGCGCUAUGAUACCCCCAGGAGUCUCCUCCAGACCCUGUCCCUGAGGGACACCUCAGCCCAGGGAGCCCCACCUGAGCUGUGCAGGGACAGCAGGAGCAGUGGGGAUGAAAGGGGUAGUCAGGGGUUGAGUAGCAGUCCCAGUGGACCAAGGGCUCAGCGCCAGUCUGUGAUGCAACGCUCGCACUCCUGGGGCAGUGAGAGGGUGCCCUCUGUGGACACUGAGGGGAAGUCCACACCCAGACCCCUUCAGACACCCUCAGGCCUGAUUUGUAAAGAAACACAGUGCAAUCAUAGUUUAGACAACUACAUUACACCAGACCAGUGGCGCUCAGCGAAGAAUAGAUGCUUGACGCAGGUUGCCAAUUCAUCAGGCCUUUCACCAUCUGCAGAUACACAAGAUCCUCCUCUCUAUGUGAGGGAGGAACAUGAUGACAGUGUGGAUGUUGGGAAGAAGUUGGCAGGUCUGAAGAAGUCGUUGCCCUCUCUGCCACCUCCUGCCCCUCCACCUCUGCCUAUCGCACUGAGCAUGUAUAGACCAACAUCAACCUGUGGUAUGAUCCAGCCUCCUCUGUCUGUGCCCCUGGACACUGGGCUCCAUUGUGACAGCAGUAUUAAUUAUGUCAACAUCCCCAUUAGCCCCCUGCCGGCUAAAACUAACAGAGAGCUCCUGUACACGGAGCUGGACCUGCAGGAGCCCGGCUCAGCUCCAGUCUCCAGUCCACAGAGUGCUGUCAGAGGUAACACUUUGCAGCUCCUCAGACCCAAAGAGGGCUCCAUCAGGUACGCCCACCUCGACAUCACUGCUAUGGAAACGGCUCAGAGAGUGGGGGCGGAGCAUGUUCAGGGCAGGGAGGACAGACUGACUCAGCUGGAGAACAGACGACGAGGGCCACCAAUCUGACUCUGCAACGCCCAGCUCUGUGACACUUUAAAAUAGUUUUCAUCGCUGAUUCUCUCGAUCUCUUUGAAUAAGCUAUAAUGCUCAGAUGCAGUUGAUCAUCUCACUUAAAAACACACACACACACUCAGUUGUGCCAGUGUACAGAAAUUCCCACAAACAAUCCAUUCCACUAAAAAGAAGAAAAUAGGAAAAUGUCUGGGAAGUCUCUUAUGCAGCUGCCAUCAUGGAUGCGUUUUGUUUAUAUGGUGUAAUUAUUUGUAUACUUAGACAUGAAUUUGUGUUGGGUUUUUCUACCCUAGGAAUGUUUCUUUUUGUGGGCUGCAUGGCACUUAAGUACGCUGAGGCAACUGUUGAUGGAGGAACCAUUUUGUUAUGUGCCUCCUAAGAUUCUCUCAGGAUGACUGGAAUAAAAUGGUCUAAAUUAUGAGGGAAUGGCACCAAAAGCUAAUGCUCACCACUGACAUUACAAAUGGGAGACACAGAUUAACAGCAGCUGUUGUAGUUUGUUGUAAUGUGUUUGAACUUCUGGCUACGUUUACCUUCUUCAGACUGUUUGGGUGUGGCUGUGUUUGUUGUUACCUCUCUUGCUAAGAGUUAUCAACUGCCAUUU